CCGGCUGCCCGGAGUGGGCUGCCGCGGUGAAGGUGCGGCGUACUUCGUGUUCCGCCUGCCCGGGGUGGGCCUGAGCCUUUGGCUCUCCAGUGACGGGUUGAGGAGGCCGCAGGCUCUGGACCUGCUUGUUUCGGUGGCGGACUCGGCGGACUGACCUCGGCCACUGCUCUUGCUGACUUUGGCCCAGGGUCGGAGCCGAUGGCGGCUUGGGCCUCUGUCACCUUGAGCAGGGCCGCUGCCCAGUGCUUGUGGUUGCGAGGCCCCGGGGUCCGGGUGGCUCUUCCGCUCUUUCCCCCGGCCUUCCAGCCUGAGUCCCCAGGCUGUAGCCCCUGUGGGGGCCGGACGCUGCACCUCACGGCAGAAGUCCUCGCCGGGCACAACAAGUGGUCCAAAGUCCGGCACAUCAAGGGUCCCAAGGACACCGAAAGGAGUCGCGUCUUCUCUAAGCUCAGUUUGAGCAUUCGCCUAGCGGUUAAAGAAGGAGGCCCCAACCCCGAGUUCAAUAGCAACCUGGCCAGCAUCUUAGAGGUGUGUCGCAGCAAGCACAUGCCCAAGGCAACAAUUGAGGCAGCACUGAAAAUGGAGAAAACCAAGGACAUUUAUUUGUUGUAUGAAGGCCGAGGCCCUGGUGGCUCUUCUCUUCUCAUUGAGGCGUUAUCUAACAGUAGCUCCAAGUGCCGCUCGGACAUCAAACAUAUCCUGAACAAGAAUGGGGGAAUGAUGGCUGAAGGAGCUCGCCACUCCUUUGACAAAAAGGGGGUGAUCGUGGUUGGAGUGGAGGACAAAGAGAAGAAAGCUGUGAAUCUAGAGCGUGCCCUGGAGCUGGCAAUAGAAGCAGGAGCUGAGGAUGUCAAGGAAACUGAAGAUGAAGAGGAAACGAACAUUUUUAAAUUUAUUUGUGAUGCCUCUUCACUGCAUCAAGUGAGGAAGAAGCUGGACUCCCUGGGCCUGUGUUCUGUGUCCUGUAUGCUAGAGUUCAUCCCCAACACAAAGGUGCGGCUGGCUGACCCUGACCUGGAGCAGGCUGCCCAUCUCAUCCAGGCUCUCGGCAACCACGAUGACGUGAUCCACGUCUAUGACAACAUUGAGUAGCCAGGCUGUACGUGCCCCCCGGCAGCCUAUUCUGGAGCACAAGCUUCUGCAGCGUCCUCUGAGACUCAAGCAGGUCAGGGCGGUGUGUGGUCUAGCAGGUUAGGAAGCAGAAGACCUGUAGUUUGUGGUCAACGGAAUCCCUGCACUUUUGUGAAGCCUCUUUGUCGGCUCUGCUGGUGUCUCAGUGCCCUCCCAGGUGAGUCCCUCCACAUCCUUCUGGAUGCAGAGUGAGGCCAGUCAGCUGGUCAGAUUCUGAUCUCAGGAAGUUGGCCCUUGUGGGGAUGGUAGGUGCCCUGAGGGCCCAUGUACUAGAAACUGCUCUUAAAUAAUAACAGUUGUUGAUCUGGGUUUGCUGCA